UACCGUCAUGUGCCUAGCUUACCUGUUUGGAGUUUGAAGGAAGGUAAAUGACCUGAGUGUUCGGUUCUACCCAAGGGGCUCGCGAGUGACCCUGGGGUCUCGUUAUGCACUUACUGCUAGCUGUUGUGUGUGUACAUCUGACCGUUCUGGGACAGACAGACACCUUGGGACGUCUGGUGGAGGAGGAACAGACAGACGCCUUGGGACGUCUGGUGGAGGUGGUGCAGGCAGACACCUUGGGACGUCUGGUGGAGGUGCUGCAGGCAGACACCUUGGGACGUCUGGUGGAGGUGCUGCAGGCAGACACCUUGGGACGUCUGGUGGAGGAGGUGCGGAGAGGCCCUAUGGGACAUCUGGCGGAGGAGGGACAUACAGAACCACUGGGACAAUUGGUGGAGGAGGGACAGACAGACCCACUGGGACAAUUGGUUGAAAUGGGACAGAGAGACCCACUGGGACAAUUGGUGGAGGAGGGACAGACAGAUCCACUGGGACAAUUGGUGGAGGAGGGACAGACAGACCCACUGGGACAAUUAGUUGAAGUGGGACAGAGAGACCCAUUGGGACAUCUGGUAGAGAAGGGACAGAAAGACCCACUGGGACAUGUGGUGGAAGAGGGACAGAGAGACCCACUGGGACAUCUGGUGGAGGGGGGUCAGACAGACGUACUUGGACAUCGGGUGCAGGAGAGACAGACAUUGGGACAUCUAAUGAUCCAUGACAAGGGUAAAUCAAGUCAGUUGACCCGGGGGAAGAGGGAUACAUACAUCGUCGACGACCACGACAUUGUCACAAACAUGAUGGCAGACCCAGCUUGGAUAUCAACCUCUGGGUCCCAGACAUGGAGACUUGGAGAUCCGGGCCAGAGUACGAACAUACUGAAGGUGGACACUCCUCAAGUAAGAACAAGGCGAACUGUGAUCGGACGCUACCCUAUGUGUCCUCGAGGCUGUACGUCAUGUUCUGCUGUCAACGGCUGUUUGACGUGCGAGAGACGUUACUUCCUGUUCCUGUACCGCCGGAACAUGCGCCAGACUGGCAUGUGCACACCUAGCUGUCCCCCGGGCUACUUUGGCGUCCGUCAACACUUCCACAACAGAUGCGUCAAGUGUCAAGUAAAUCACUGCCGAUCCUGCUUUACGCGCCAGUACUGCACGCGAUGUUACCGACCACGCAUAGCACACAGGGGCGACUGCAUCGACUCCUGCCCCACCGGCCUGCACCUCGCCAACUACUCGUCAGAGUGUAGAAGUAGAGUGGACUGUCUCGUGGGGCCGUGGACAACGUGGAGCGCAUGCCGACAACGGGGAAGAGGAUGUGGCCAACGGCGGCGGUUUCGUGUACGGUCCAGGAGCAUCCUGGAGUCUCCGUCACCCAAUGGGGGAACUGCGUGUCCCCCUCUUCGAGAGCGACGCGGGUGUCAAGGUGCUCGCGGAGCUUGUAGAGAUUCCUGUCGGCGCCGGAAGAGGCAUAAGCGGAAGUGGCGUGGAAAACGGCGGAAGGAGCGAGGAAGAAGGAGAGGCCACAGUCGGGGCUCUGAUACCAGGAAGCGGCGCCGCUGUAGAAGCGGUCGUAAAUCGUUACAACGAUGUAGGCGCCGCAGACACUGCCGUGGCGGAGAAGGCUGACAUCUUCAAUGGACGUGUGUCCUGAAGCGUCAUCAGACUCAACAGCUCUACCAUCUGUUCCGACUGCCUGGAGGCGUAGUGCAGUGUUUGGACUACUUUCUUGUGUAAUCGUCGGAUGCCUCGCAUCUCCAAGUGUCCAGAAAUGUACGGUUAUGUCUCCAAUAAAUCUGUAAUUUUAUAUUGCUU